CGAACCCGCUCAAGCCUCCCCCAGCGCCAAAGAUUGCCCCCCCGUACCGACGCGGCGACCGCUCUGCCGCCCCCUCCUGCCAGCGCUCAACGAGAGCCUGGCUGGUCUGGAACCACCUGGCGAGACCCUGUUGAGCCAAUUGUUUGUUGAGUCGCAGAGUACGCAGCCAAAACAGCACCAAAUGCCAUGACUUGACACACGCUGGCCGUCUCAGCUCAGGCGCAUCACAUCGUGGCUCUGGUGAGUGGCACCGCCCAAGUGGAUCUCUAUCUGUCCAUACACAUGCACAUCAUUGUCAUUCACGGCGGCUCGACCCCUCAUUCCUCCCCCAGGAAGCCGCCGCUGAAGGAAAGCCGACGUUGAGCGGAUGUGUCUUGUCCUCGGCAACGGGCCAUCCAUCGUAUCUUUUGUCCCGACGACGGCUCUCGCACGUGUGACUCUGCCUCGACUCUACCUCUUGAGCUUUGGCCGCACGCGAAUUGGAACCCUGCCUUACGCACAAGUCGUCUGUUCGCAAAGCAAAGACGUCGGGACGAUGAGGGCUCGCACAGUCGCCGCCCUGGCGCCCCUCCGCGGUGCGGGACGUCGGUCAACAGCUUUGGUCCAGGCGCCCUGGACGACGACGACGACAUCCGCAAUCCAACUACUCCAAGCCCGCGGAGGCGCGACGCUCGUCGACACCCCGACCGCGGCACACGACCUCGCCGCGCCGCCCGAGGCCAUUGAGCCGUCACGGAAAGCAGAGGCCAGCAAGGUCUUCCGCGAUGCCGUCGCCGCCACGGCGCCGCGAAACACGUGGACGCGCCAGGAGAUUUCCGCCAUCUACUACCAGCCCCUCCUUGAGCUGGCGCAUCAAGCUAGUACCGUGCAUCGGCGGUUCCACAGCCCGGGUGAGGUGCAGCUGUGCACCCUCAUGAACAUCAAGACGGGUGGCUGCACCGAAGACUGCUCCUACUGCGCCCAGGCCACGCGCUACCAAAAGGGCACCGGCCUCGAGGCAAAGCGCGUCGAGAGCGUCGAGUCGGUCCUCGCCGCCGCGCGCCAGGCCCGUGAGAAUGGCAGCACCCGCUUCUGCAUGGGCGCCGCGUGGCGCGACAUGCGCGGCCGCAAGACGAGCCUCAAGAACAUCACCGAGAUGGUCAAGGGCGUGCGCGCCAUGGGCAUGGAGGUGUGCGUCACGCUCGGCAUGAUCGACGACAAGCAGGCCAAGGAGCUCAAGGAGGCCGGGCUGACGGCGUACAACCACAACGUCGACACGAGCCGCGAGUUCUACCCGUCCGUCAUCACCACGAGAACCUACGACGAGCGCCUGCAGACGCUGGGCCACGUGCGCGAUGCGGGCAUCAACGUCUGCUCGGGCGGCAUCCUCGGCCUCGGCGAGUCGUCGGAGGAUCGCGUCGGUCUGCUGCACACCGUGUCGACGCUGCCAUCGCACCCCGAGAGCUUCCCCGUCAACGCUCUCGUACCCAUCAAGGGUACGCCCCUGGGCGACACGACGCCCAUUGCGUUUACGAGCAUGCUACGCACCAUUGCCACCGCCCGCAUCCUCAUGCCCGCGACCAUCAUCCGCAUUGCCGCCGGUCGCAAGACCAUGUCCGAGGAAAAGCAGGCGCUGUGUUUCAUGGCCGGUGCCAACGCCAUCUUUACCGGUGAGAAGAUGCUGACGACGGACUGCAACGGAUGGGACGAGGACAGCGCCAUGUUUGGACGCUGGGGACUGUCACCCAUGAAGAGCUUCGACAAGACUCCCGCCCAGGCCGGUGACAUGGACGCACGGCAGUAAGAAGAGGCAAAACAAAAAGAAGUCGGAAAAGAGAACAAGAAGAAUACAGUUCGCUUGAAUUCAAUCACAGUUUACU